GGAGAGAUGCGAGCCGCAGGUGGGACGUGAAGCUGGACGCUUUCACCCGUAGUUUUACCGACGAUCUUGUCCUCCGUGAGUGUGUGAGUGGUGGUUCUGAAAGACAUGGGGAAGCUUCAGGAAUUCGAGAUUACUUUCACUAAUAGCAAAGUGGUCUACAACCCCGGCGAAUCCAUAUCAGGAACUGUGAGAAUUAAAACAAGCCACUCCUUACAGUUUAAAGCCAUCAAAGUCAACUGUGUGGGGUCGUGUGGCAUCUCGUCCAAGCUGAACGAUGCAUCAUGGAUGCUUGAGGAGAAGUACUUGAGCAGCACGCUGUCUGUGGCCGAUAAAGGUAUUCUGUCAGCUGGUGAGCACAGCUUUCCUUUUCAGUUUCUCAUUCCAGCAUCCGUUCCAACCUCGUUCGAAGGCCCCUUUGGGAAGAUUUUAUACAAAAUUAGGGCUUUUAUUGACACUCCACGUUUCUCAAAGGACUACAAGACCCAGCGACUCUUCUACCUUCUCAAUGUGCUCAACCUCAAUGAGUUGCCAGACAUAGAGCAACCCAGCUGUGCUGUGACAACAAAAAAGUUUACCUACCUCCUGGUAAAAACAGGCACGCUCAUGCUGAAGGCUUGCAGUGAUCUGAGGGGAUACACUCCUGGACAGAUUAUUAAAUUAUCUACUGAAAUCCAUAACAAGUCUGGUAAAGACACCGGCUAUGUGAUGGCCAGCCUUAUUCAGAGAGUGUCCUAUAAGACAAAGCGGCCAGUGUUUGAUCUGCGGCCCAUAGCAGAGGUCGAGGGUGCCGGGGUGAAGGCUGGCAAACAUGCAGAGUGGAGAGAACAGAUCAUCGUCCCUCCUCUUCCUCAAUCAGGCCUCACUGGCUGCAGCCUCAUUGACAUUGAGUAUUUUAUCCAGGUUUCCUUAAAAUCUCCUGAGGCUGUGGUCACGUUACCCAUAUACAUUGGGAACAUUGCUGUCAACUUGACUCCCUCCAUUCCGCGCCCCAUUGCUCACGGCGCUCCGAUGCCUGCCAUGUCGAGCCUCAGCCCUGCAUCCGUAGUCCCCAGCGCACCUCCUGUAGAGGACAACCUGGAGGGUGAGCUGGGUGCUGGAGGAGUAGACAGCGAGGAGAUCCCCACCAAGAGUCAUUCUCAGCAGGACCCGUCCGGCAUGCCUCUCUCCGUGUCCCCCGGUGCGUUCGGUCACGCGUCUGGUCCGGUCCCGCCACAGAGCCAGCAGCACGUCCAAUCCUCAGACGGCUCUGCGCCUGUGUUCUGUUUGUCCACAGGGGCCACCAUACCUUUCUUUACAGAUGGUAAUUCAACGCCAGUGCCCACUUCCUGUCCCCUCAUCCUGCCCCCUGAAUACAGCACCUGGGAAUACCCACAUGAGCCGCCUCCCACAUAUGAGGAAAGCUGCAGUAGCAACAACUCAAGCUUCAACAGCAGCAUGAGGUAGACCAUUCGGAGGCCUCGCUUCUUCUGGUGCCCCUUGCUGGACGGCACAGGAAUUGCUGCCCUUCUCCUCCAUGAACCAAAUCUCUUUAAAACUCAUACAUUUUUAGUUAAUCCCCUCAGAACAUAAAUUCAAUGUUGGAGAAAACAACCCUGAAACUGUGUGGGGAGAACGUUUCAGUGCCUAAGAAGAUGUAGGACUCUCGACCAACCCCUAUAUGAGACGCACUCCAAGUUCUGCUGAAAUGAAUACCAGCAUCUAUAACAUUUUGAAGUGAAAGUUACACUGAGAAUGAGUUUUCAUUCAACCAAGGCUGGCCUUAUGUAGAGCUCAUCACAAAACAAGUAAAAUCUGAAAUAUUAUUCUGCCGGGCUGAAAGUCUCGUUGAAGGAAUAAACAAUCCUCUCCUUGUGACGAUCAAUAUGAAUCAUAAAGCGCUCCAUGCUUGCGCCAGCAGGAAUGGCUCUUGAAAAAGAUGUUUGGCCACAGAGAAAGUUACUCUUGAAAGAACAAGUUUUAUUUAUUGAUGGGGAUUGAUGUUGGAGGUUUUCAUCUGACUUCAAAAUUCAACUCAUCACCAAACAGACACUGUGUGGAUACAGCUUUGGAAUACCAAUGUAGUUACCAUCCUGGGCACAUAAGUCAUUAUCACUUGGCCAAAAUGGUAGCCACUGUCCCUUAAGAGAACAACAUAUUACAUAUCAUUUAUGAACUAGUUCAUUUUUGUUUUACAGAGAUUUUUUUUGGAGGACUCUUUGGACUCCUGACUUUGUGUUUUUGUUACCUUAUAUUACACAAAACAAAGCAAAAUAAUCAUAAUUCACCCUAGAAUUAUUAUUUCAAAGUAUUUCAAAGAACAGUCAUUUGAAGUGUUAUUUUUGUUUGUUUUUUUUCCUUUCAGACUUUGUGUAAUAUCAGUGCUGUUAAUAUGUUAGAUGUCAAAAAUUUCAGAUAUGAAUCAUUUGAAAUCUGAUGCGAACUGUGCAUGUCUUUAUAUGUGACUCUUGUUUGGUCUUAUGCGUUGAUAUUUGUCAUACUAGCCCACAGCAAAUAGAGAUUUAUGAUGGUUUUUCGGUGAGGCCUUAGGCUGUACUUGGAUUGUUGUCUACAGUCCUUUAAUAUGGCAAACACUUUUUCAUUAUGACCUGAUUAGACCCUUGAACUGUUGAAGAAUUUAAAAAAUGGAAGCACAAAAAGGCACUUUUUUAUGUGUACGUGUGUAUAUAUAUGUGCGUGAAUGUUUAUUCCUCCCCAGUCUCCAAAAUAUAAAUGAUGAUUU